AUGGAGGAACAAAGGCUUUUAAAAAGAAAGAGAAAGGCAACACUAGAGAAAAACACAACAUUGCUAUGUGCGGUUUGCACGGACUUGGCGGAGCUGUAUGUGGCUGAAGGCAGGUACCAAUCAGCGGUUGAGGAAUACAGAACCCUGGCGGAAUUGUAUAAAAAUGAAAAAAAGCUGAUAAACUAUGCACAAGCUAAUAGAGGAAUUGGGGAGGCUUAUUUGGGUUUACAUCAGUUUGAGAGGGCUUUGGAGUAUUUGCACAUUUAUUUAGAUGUUGCUAAAACUGAACAAGAUAAACUUGAAGAACAAAGGGCGUUAGCCACAAUUGGGCAUUCGUAUUUGUCCUGGUAUUUGGAUACAACAGUAAAUCCUGAUAAAAACUAUCUUCAUAAAGCUUUUAAAAUAUUUAUGAAGAGUCUUAUAGUGUGCGAAAGUUUGACAAACAUAGGUAAACUGGAGAAAGUUGAUAUGACAGCUAGGUUAUUUUGUAACUUGGGGGUGGUGCAGGACUGUCUGGGGAAUUUCAAUAAGGCCCUGGAGUUACUUACAAAGUCUAUCCAAAUUUGUAAGCAACAUGAUAUUUUCGAACAACUACACAGAGGCUAUAUUGCCAUAGCUAGUUUGUAUGACAAAACAGGAGAUUACAAGAAUGUUAUACAGAACUAUAAUUUGGCCAUUAUUGUUGCAAAGAAACUGCGCAGCAAGCCUGAGCUAUUAUGCGCAGCCUUAUUCUCCAAAGCAGAGGCUCUAAUUAAAUUGGGCGAUUUUCAUGGCGCCAAACCGGUGCUUUACAAGGCUUACAAACUAAACUCGCCCAAUUUACAGGACAAAAAAUCCAUUGAACACCAUUUAAGAGCUGUCGCGGUAAUUUGCAAGACGGAAGACCAGUUGGUGGUGACCUGCGAAAACCAAACGGAAGUGAAAAAGUUGUACGAAAAACUGGGCGACUGCGCGUGCGAUCUGAAGAACUACAAAAAAGCGAUCGACUACUACAAAAAAAUGCUCGAGGCGGCCGAGAAAAGCGGCGUCGGCAAGCGAGAGCUGGCAACGUGUUACUACAGCUUGGCGCAGACGUACAAAGACAACGAGCAGUACAAAGAGGCCGUGGAUUAUUUCGAAAAAGAGUACGCGAUCGUUCGGGACAGCUUGAAGGACAACUUGAACACCUUGAGUCAGAUCGCGGACGCCAAAGAGUCGGCCGGGGCUCUGGUGACGGAAGUGAAGGAGGUUUACGAGAGGGCUUUCGAGAAUUGCAGGCAGCGGAAGAAUUUGAAGGAGGAGAGGCGGAUGGUUUUGCGGUGCUUGCAGUACAUGAGGCGGUCUAAAAAUCAUUCGGAUGCGUACCAUUACGAGCAGUGUUUGAAUGAGUUGGAAAAUCAGAAUUUGAAUGUGGAUUGUUCUUCUUCUGACAGCGAAAGCGUGGAUUCUGACGCGCAAAUUGCCCAAAUCGAGGAUGAGAUUUGUCUAGAAGAUAUUACAGACAUUUCCGACGACUCCGACAACGACAACCCGGCCUGCGAGCAAACGGCAGGCAAAACGUCGCGCCCGAAGCGCAAACGCAACAUCGUCGUGAAAAACAACAAGGGCGAGACGAAGCUCCAUCUGGCGGCCAUCAAGGGAAACGCGCUCGCGGUGCAGGUGCUCCUCGACCAGGGCCACCCGGUCAACAUCAGGGACCACGCCGGCUGGCUGCCUCUGCACGAGGCGGCCAACAACGGCCGCCUCGACGUGGUCAGGCUGCUGCUGGACCACGGGUCCGCCAUCAACGACAGAGGCGACACCCAAGGGGUAACUCCUUUGCACGAUUCCGCUUACAACGGCCACGUCGACAUCAUGGAGCUGCUGUUGGAUAAGGGCGCUUCGGCUAUAACGAUGACGGACGAUGGGGAAACACCUUUAAACGCGUUGCGGCAUUUCAUGCAGAACAACCCGAUAGAUUCGCAAGUCGAAGAUAAAUACGAGGGGAUGGUGCGUAGACUGACCGAAGCGAUGGAGAAAACCGGGCAGCAGAUAAAGCCUUUGACGGUGAAAAAUCAAAAUGUUCCUUCGUCGUUGACCGCGGUCAGCAAGGAGGGCGAACGGGCGUCGCAGAAAAGGAGUUUUAUCGAUAGGAACAGAAGUUUUGUGGACGAUUUUGACUUCUCGUCAACUGCACAAAACACUCAGGAUGGUGGAGCGAACGAGUACCGAGAAGUGAUGUCGACUUUGAAGCACAAAAACAACUCCGCCAACAGAACAAACUUGGUUAAUGCAAGUGAGACUGCGAUCAAAAGACCCGCGCUUAUAAGUUCCGACGAGGUUUGGGACGAUUGGUUGGAAGACGAUAUGCAAUCGAAAAAUAAGAAGAGGAAAACUGGACUAAGUUUGGAAAAAAAAUCGCCCAAAGCCAUUCAAAGGAGUACGCCGAAUAAAAGAAUAUCAGUUGAUUCCUCUCAAAGCAACGAGGAUUACAUAGUGCCCGACGAUUUUUUCGACGACUUUUCCAACGACAACACCGACAUAAUAAACUCCACGCAAACCCAAGAACGACGCACUUCAAACGAGAGUAGAGUCAGCACGGGCAGUGGCACUUCAAGCAAACGUAAAAACCAAACAUCACUGUUGGAAUCGGGUUUCAGUAGGGCCACCACGCCCACAAAUUUCGGCGUAACGUCAUCGAACAAAAAACGAACUCCGAUCAACAACAAAAACAAACCGCACGUUGCCAAGUCCAAACCUUUCCAGUUAAAGCUAACCAACUCCAGGUACGGGGAUUCGUUGCAGGAAACGACAACGACAACGGUGGAUCUAAGCGGCGAUAAAAAUGAUUUUAAUUUUUACGAAAAACGCGCCUCGCCUGUGAAAAACCACGUUACUUCCGACCCCACUUUAUUCGUCGAUGUUCGGAUCGAAGGAAGGCUUUACAGAGUGCCAGUUCUGCUGUCGCAAGUGCAAACGCACACGAUCAAGUGGCUUUGCGAACAGGCUGCCAACAGAUACGCGAGUAAAGAGUACAUGAGGCCCACUUUGGAAUUGGAAACAAAAAGCGGCGCUAUCCUGGCCGACGAUGAUUUAUUGAGCCUUCUAUUUCCCAUGGGGUCGAUGCAGGCUGAGCAAGUCGAGGCAAGGGUUUUAAAAUGGAGUUUGCCGCCUUUGAUCGAUAGGUAUAGGGAGUCCUGCGCACAUAUGGAAACAGUACAAGAUGUACUUUUAUCUAAACUGGCGGAAGAGAUGUCUGACGUCUUAAACAUAUCUAACAAAGGUCUAAGAAGCGCGACGGUGGCGCCAUUGUGCAAAGCGAUAAACCACCAAAGCAACCUGCUGGAAAUCAACUUGUCGGGUAAUUUUCUGAACACGGACUGCGUGAAAAUGUUGUGCGCCAGCCUGGGGUCCCUGGAAAACCUGCAGAAACUCAACUUGAGUUCCACCGGAUUGCAGGCCGGUCACUUGUCGAUGAUCGCGCAGGCUACUUCUGCGCAGAAGCGCUUGGAGUGCUUUGAUUUGAGCGAUAACCCCCUGAGAAACGAGAGUUUGUUUCAUUUGAGGACCAUAACGCAGAACUCGCAGCUGACGCACUUAAACGUGUCCGGGAUCGGUUUAAAAAGUGAUAUAGACGACAUCACACUUAACUUAAGUAGCAUGCAGGAUUUGGAUGUGAGUGACAAUGAUCUAAGUACCAGGGAUUUAAAAUGUCUGCUGGGUAAUUUAGACGCCAAAGUAUUGAAAUCCGUAAAUAUGUCGAGAUUAAGGCCCAACAAUGCGAAGGUACUACAAACACUUACUGAAGAGGUAUUUAAAUUGGAACCUGUUGAAAAUUUAAAAGUUAUGAAACUCUCUAGGUGCAACAUUGAUGAUACUGAACUAUUUAACAUACUAUGGCAUCACACAAAAAAAUUGACGACGAUAGACCUCUCCUACAACUGUGAUGUAACAGGUCUUUCUUUGCAAAGACUUUUGGACCACGCGUCCUUGUGCAACAUAAAUUUAAUAGGUUGUAAAAAUAUUUUCAGGAAUUUCGAAUUCGAUGUUUUGUUUUCAGGCGAUAAACGUGAAAGGACAAUAAAAAUGUACGUCGAUGAUAGUCAAAGAAUUGUAAAUAUUUUUAAUAAUCACUUUAGCGAUCAAAAGGUUGUUUUUGAUGAGCUGCCUAAUUUUUUAUCAAUUAAAGUGUUAAAUUGUAGGUAGUUUAUUACUGUAUACAUCAUGUUAAUAUUAAUUUUUGUACAUAGAAUAUAGUUUAUUUUAAUACAAUAAAUAAAAAUGCAACAGU